UGAAGACACUGUUCAUGACCCCGGGACUAUUUUUGAUACCGUGGAGUAAACACUAAAUUGUGUGCGCUCGUACUUCAUUUUUGUAGGUCUGCGCCGGCCGCGACAUGUAACAACAACGCCAGCGCUUUUACACGAGAGGGUUAGUGGAAGGAGAGAGUCAGCACCUAUAACAAUCAUAUCGACUUAACUUUAAUAUGGGAUUAUGCCUGGCAUUCACAUGAUAUAAAAGCAUCCGACUGAAGGUAGCUAGCUAUACACACCGGCUAAAAUUUCCGUAGAAGGCCAAUUUCGAUUCGAACGGGCCGUCGGAAACACCGGACCGGCCAAACAAGAGUCACUGAUCGCCCCCGAUCAUAAAUACUUAUCGCUAUCGCUCUCUCCUUGUACUGCCUACACAAUGUCCGAACCCAAACAACCCCUCCAUCCUUCCAUAAUACCCCGUCUCGACCCAGAAUAUGUGGAAUUUCACAACAGCGCACUCAUCAAUAUAACGCCUCCGCAUACUCUACCAUCAUGGGAUCCUGCCUUGAGGAACGUGCCUGCAGUUCCUGGUGGUUCACCUUUGUUGCCGGUCGGAAAGACUCAGGACCUCAAUCUAAUGUUCUGUGAUUUGCGGGCUUUCACUCCCGAGGGAGACGCCCCAAGAGCGGGAUGGCCGUUACUUAUUUACUUUCACGGAGGUGGAUGGACUUUCGGCAACAUCAACAGUGAGAAUUCUUUUGCCACCAAUAUGUGUGUUCAUGCGAGAUGCGUUGUCAUCUCUGUGAACUACCGACUUGCUCCCGAGGAGAAGUAUCCAUGUGCUGUAGAAGACGCUAUUGAAUCUCUGCAUUGGGUCACUGAGAACGGGAAAUCUCAGCUCAACAUAGAUACGACUAGGAUCGCCGUCGGUGGAUCCUCCAGCGGCGGAAACCUCGCAGCCAUUCUCGCUCUCAAGGCCGCCGAAAUGCAGCCUUCCAUCCCACUUAUCUUCCAACUCCUCAUUGUUCCCGUCACCGAUAAUACGGCAUCCGUCGAAAACCUUUGGAAAGAGAACGAGCAUACCGCAUGGCUUACUCCAGCUAGGAUGAAUUGGUUCAAGUUAAAUUAUCUUCCAGAUCCCAAAGACUGGACGAAAUGGGACGCGUCGCCUGCGUUUGCACCGAAAGAACUCUUACAGAAGGUACCAAAAGCCUGGAUCGCCGUUACAGAAUUGGAUAUCUUACGGGAGGAGGGUAUUCAGUAUGGGGAAAAACUGAAAGAGCUUGGCGUAGAGGUAGAAACAGUGGUGUACAAGGGCGCACCACACCCAAUUAUGGCAAUGGACGGUUUUGUACUCAAGAUCGGAGCGAAGCUGGUUUCAGACGCCGCUACUGCACUUGGAAAAGCCUUUGCUGCUAUAUAA